UUUGUUUUUCCUUUUAGGCAGCACAUCGAAUCCCGAUGCUAAGCGCCUCUACGACGAUCUCCUCAGCAACUAUAACAAAUUGGUGCGUCCCGUUGUCAAUGUGACUGACGCUCUAACUGUACGCAUCAAAUUGAAGCUAUCACAAUUGAUUGAUGUCAAUUUGAAAAAUCAAAUCAUGACAACCAAUUUGUGGGUGGAACAAACCUGGUACGAUUACAAACUCCAAUGGGAGCCGAAAGAGUAUGGUGGUGUUGAAAUGUUGCAUGUACCCUCGGAUCAUAUAUGGCGGCCGGAUAUUGUUUUAUAUAAUAACGCCGAUGGCAAUUUCGAAGUGACGUUGGCCACAAAAGCCACUCUCAACUAUACGGGGCGCGUCGAGUGGCGGCCACCGGCGAUUUACAAGAGCUCCUGCGAAAUCGAUGUCGAGUACUUCCCAUUCGACGAACAGACGUGUGUGAUGAAAUUCGGUAGUUGGACAUAUGAUGGUUUUCAGGUGGAUCUGCGACAUAUCGACGAGCUGAAUGGCACUAAUGUUGUUGAAGUUGGUGUUGAUUUAUCAGAAUUUUACACAUCAGUCGAAUGGGAUAUUUUAGAAGUUCCUGCAGUGCGCAAUGAGAAAUUCUACACGUGUUGCGAUGAACCCUACCUGGACAUAACAUUCAAUAUCACAAUGCGCCGUAAGACGCUCUUCUAUACGGUCAAUCUCAUCAUACCCUGCAUGGGUAUUAGUUUUUUAACCAUAUUAGUUUUUUAUCUGCCAUCGGACAGCGGCGAAAAGGUCUCAUUAAGCAUAUCCAUUUUACUGUCACUAACUGUGUUCUUCUUGCUGUUGGCUGAAAUCAUUCCACCAACGUCAUUAGUUGUGCCGUUAUUAGGGAAAUUUGUGCUCUUCACAAUGAUACUGGACACGUUCAGUAUAUGUGUCACGGUGGUGGUGCUCAAUAUACAUUUCCGUUCGCCACAGACACACACAAUGGCGCCCUGGGUGCGAACGGUGUUCAUCAAUCAACUGCCUCGCUUUCUGGUCAUGCGACGACCACUGUAUCCCAUUAGUGAGAUGAUCAAAUCAUCGCGUCGCUUGAUGGUUCGCACCUGCAAUGGAUUUGAGUUGGGCGACCAAAUACCACCGGUACCACCGCCAGCGGCCUUGUCGAGAAUGCAUCACAGCCCAAAGACGACGUCGCGCAGUACCUCACCACAUCUGCAACAUCGCGUGCAGAGUCUCAAUCUACUGGACGACUCGACGAUUGGUGGCCUGGGUCUUUCUUCCACCGGCAAUGCCUCAGCAGCUGGCCAGUUUUCCACACUCUACCCCUCCAAUAUCUCGACUGUGAAUCAACAGACAUCGACCACAUCAUCACUCGUGGACGCACAACAUCAUAGUCAAUAUCAGCAGACUGGCGGUUCACUGCUCGAUCAUCCGCUAACGCCAACAAAAUUCCGCCAACAAAAGACUUCCACGUCAGUUCAGACGAAUGGCUUCGACGGACCAUCCACCUCACAGUUCGGACGCCUGCACCAGCAACACCAACAACAACUGCCCAGCGGCGCCAUCUCAGCGUCCACUUCAACGCUGCAUCACGUACAUACGCAUUCGGUGGGCGUGGGUGUCGGCAUAGGUUUUGGCGUAGCCAGCACCUCCACACAUCAUUUGUAUCGCCAACAGUCAGCGUCAUCUGCACAAUUCUCGCCCGUCCCAGCUCCACUGCAUCCCCACCAGCAACAUCAAUCGACCACAACGUGCGAUCUGCUGGGUCGCAGCAAUGCGAAUGUGAUAAAGUCAACGACCACAGUGAACUCGGUGGCGACUGCUUCGACGCUCGCGGACUCCUGCUGCAGCGGCAUUCAAAUACAUCAGGGUAUGGGUGCAGGUGCCGCCUGCCAAUCGUCGGAGCAGCCGUAUCAACAUGCCGAGACCGGUGCCUGUGGACAAGGAGCGAUUGGUGGCACCCUGCCGCGUGAAAUACUGCCAGCGUGUCAACGAGAGGAGGGUCCGCAUUGUUGUCUGACGGGCGGUAGUGAAGGUUGCAAUGAAGGCAGCGGUCUGCGGCAUCGUUGGCAUGCCUGUCCCGAAUUGCUCAAAGCCAUGGAUGGCGUGAAUUAUAUAGCGGAGCAGACGCGCAAGGAGGAGGAGAGCACAAGGGUCAAAGAAGAUUGGAAGUACGUGGCCAUGGUAUUGGAUCGUCUAUUCUUAUGGUUAUUCACAAUAGCCGUUGUCGUUGGUACAGCCGGGAUAAUAUUGCAGGCGCCAACGUUAUACGAUACGCGCGUACCAAUCGAUAUUAAAUUGUCGGAAAUUGCAACGACAACAGCGAAACCGAGCAUUGCCAAACCUGUGUUAUAAAAACAAAUUGCAAAGAAAAAACAAAAGCAACAGCAAAACAAGGAAUAAUAAAACAACAAAGCUGAUAACAAAGCGAGUUAAAAAAAGUUAAAUAAAAAUUAGAGUUAAGAGAUAACAAAUGCUAUAAAAAACUUGUUAAAAGUAAAAAUAAAAGUUAAAAAAUAAAUAAAAAUAUAAAUGAAAAUGAUAAUAAAAAUUUAAAUAAAAUAAAAAUUAAAAUGGAAUAAAAGUAAAAAUAAAAGUAAAAAUAAAAGCUAAAAAACAUAAAAAUUUAAGUGCAACUGAGAAUGAAAAUGAAAAUAAAAGUAAAAAAAAAUCAAGUUAAAAUAAAAAUAAAACUGAAACUAAAUGUUAAAAUACAAGAAAAAACUUAAAUAAGAACAAAGAAAUACUAAUUGAAUAAUAAAGCAAAAGCGAAGCGCAGCAGCCAACUGGAGUAAAUAGCAUACAAAGAAUAACAGUAAAGUAUGGCGCGCAUUCCAGUAGAGGCGGGCCUGCAAUUACGAGACACACUACAACAGAAAUAGCAACUAAACACGUAAGUUAUUAUAAUAUUAUAAAUUACUACUACUAUUAAAACGAACUAACAACUACUAAAGUAAUGCAUACUAAUACCACUACUAAUAUUGUAAUAAUAAAUGAUAAGUAACGACUAUUGCUAAGUACGUUUGUUAGCAAUUGAAUAAAAGAGACAUUUAACGGGUUGCUGGAAGCAAUGAAGUAACAAUGUACAGAAUAGUUAAUGCCAAAUGAGAAACUUACGAGUAUAUUAAUGAUUAGUGCAUAAGCACAUAAGUACAUAAGUACAUAAGCACAUACGUAAAUAUUUAUGAGUUCAGUGAAUGGUGGCAAGAGCAUUGUAUCACAACUACUACCGCCGGCAUUAUUAUUAUGAAUCCCCAAAAUCACUACCUACUAUAUUAGUAAAUAUAAAAAAAAAUAUAAGAAAUAGCACAGCGGCAAUGAUUAACAGGAUGGCAGCUUUUGAAAUUCAAAUUCUCAAGCACUGCCCCAGGUGUGCACUAGGCGUAAUGUAUUGAAAUUGUUAUAUGUAUUGGUGUGUAAUUUAUUGUAACUAAUAACUAAGUCAUUUAUAGGUAGCAACUACAAAUACAAUACUGACAAGUUAACCGGCAUGCGUGUGGGAUUUGGUAGUAGGGAUGCCAAUAUUAGCGAUGUAAGUUGUCAAUCGGAUUGGUCCCGAGAUUUCGUUUUCUUUAAUUCAACAAGAAUUUAAAUGUCAAAUAUUAUUUACCGGAAUUGAAAAACUGUAAUUAGAACGUAAAGUUUCUAAAGAAAAGUUAAGUUUCGAUAAGCGGAAAGCUAUUAGGUGCGCAACUAAGUUCUCACUGCUUUUUUUUAUGAAAAUACAACUUUAUUCUGAACAAAUGGUUACAGUGAAUCAUUGAAAGUAUUGCCCAUCGCUGACUACUACUUUUUCCCAUCUUUCUGGUAGAUCUCGUAUACCGUCGCGGUAAAACUGUUCAUCUUUUGAGGCUAUCCACGGAUCAAGCCAUUUUUUGAUGUCUUCAUAUGAAUAGAACUGCCAUCGACCACCAGUCAACCAAGAAGGUCACUAAUUAAAAUAAAAAAAUGUAUAAAUAAAUUUAUUGACUUAUUAUCAACUCUUACAAUUGUUUUGGGUGAUUUUAUAUAGUGGCCCACUUUACCCGAAUACCCGGGGUCACAUUAACCACUAUUUUUCUUUUCAUCAACUUUUAAAGUGGUUUCAGUUUUUC